CGUCAUUAUCUUGUGUUCAGACAGGGAACAAAGCUGAACCGUGCCGCAAGGUUUACCCCACACACAGCGCAGCGCAGUUCACAUCCCUAGGUCUUUUCUAGACUCUACAUUACCAACAUACGAACGUUGCUUUGCUCAGACUCCCUUGUCUUGAAAGCCUAUCGCUGCACUUCAAGCAGCUGCAAUGCCCGAACUGUACAAUUCAAUGCCCUCCAGUCCACAAAUAAAUGUGCUGUAUCUAGCCCCGGGACAAGAAAUCAUUAGCCCAGAACAACUUUGGGCAUCAAAUCCGGAGAGAUUGGCUACAGGAACGGGCACACAGCUCGCAAAAAUGUCUCCAUCAAUUUUAGUGAAAUACGGUACCCAUGUGUCUCUCAUCGAAGCCAAGAACAUGCUGUAUGUGGCUGAAAAAACAUCAAUACCCAUCCCGAAACUGUUUGCAGCAUAUGCAUACGGGCCUCUGGACCGAGACGUUGACGACUUCGGAAGUGUCUAUGAUACGUAUCUCUUUAUGGAGUUUAUCGAAGGCGAGGACCUAGGAAAGUCAUGGGCAAAAUACACCUCCGCUGAGAAGCAAAUGAUCUCAACAGACCUAAAGAAGCACAUGACAGAGCUUCGUUCUCUCCCGGCACCGAAUUACAUCGGAUCUGUACAUGAGGGACCAGUCACUGAUAUUAUGUUAGAGUGGUCUACAACCAUCAGAGGUCCGUUUAAAAGCGAACAAGACUUCAAUAAAACGAUUGUUGACACCUUUAUCACCAAAUCAAAAGGCCAGAUCGGUCCCUACAUCCGUGGCAUGGUUAAUGCAUACAAGCAUGGAAUUGUCUUCACUCAUGGCGACCUCAGACCUGAUAAUAUUAUCGCCAAGAACGGUCGUGUGGCAGCAAUCAUUGACUGGCAGAUGUCAGGGUGGUACCCAGAUUAUUGGGAAUUCGCCAAAGCGUUUUAUAUCGAACAUUUCACUAAUGACUGGGCAUCAUAUCUACUAGGCGUUCUCACACCGUAUUAUGGUGAGCAGUUGAUGUAUGAUCGAUUGAUGAGUGUAUUAUGGUAGCUAAUAGUAAAGCUUCCAAGUUGUAAUAGCUCAUAUAACUUAUUGCUACUUAGGUUAAGAGCUCUUAUAAACAGGACACUAAUGGUUAAAUAUCCUCUCACUUUAGAUAAUCUAAUAUAUAUUAUAAUGAAG